AUGGGAAAGGUGUACUUCGACAUGGACAUACUGGCCGAAGCCAAGGUGAUUGAGUGCUCCGCGACAGAGUUGGUUGGCCAGUACGUCGGCCAGACAGGACCCAAGGUGCAGCAAGUGCUCGAUCGGGCACUCGGACGCAUCUUGUUCAUCGAUGAGGCUUACCGCCUUGCAGGAGGCGGCGGCUUCGCCAAGGAGGCGAUGGACGAGCUGGUGGACUCGAUGACCAAGCCCAAGUACCAAGGCAAGAUGAUUCUUAUCCUCGCCGGCUAUGUGGACUACAUCAACCACCUCCUGUCGGUCAAUCCUGGAAUGUCCAGCCGCUUCCCAGAAUCGAUAGAUUUCGAUGCACUUGGGGCUCAAGACUGUGCCAAGCUGCUUGCGAGCCUGCUGGGCCAGAAGAAGGCGGAGCUGCGACGAAGAGGAAAAGACGUCGACAUGGCUUGCCUUGAAGCGCCGUCCAAUGCGUUCAACGCGGAAAUGCUUGACAGAUUCCACUCUCUCGCUAGGACCAAAGGCUGGGGCAACGCGAGAGAUGUCAAGCAGCUGGCCAAGUUUGUGUUUCGCCGCAUCAACCUGAUGUCCAAAGUAAUCAGGCUGGAGGAAGAGCAGGCAGUGCGCGAUGCCGGUGUCAGCGACAAGGUCUGGAACCAGCUCCAGCUUGACCGAGCCGAGGCAGUGCGCAAGGAGACAGAGUACGGCAAGCUCAAGAAGGCGCAAAAGUCGGCAAGGGGGGCGGACCGAGAGAGAAUCGUGCGUCAAGUGCUGGAGGAAGAAGAGCGACGGAAGCGAGAAGCUUCUGCCAAGGCGCGGCUCAAGGCGUUUGGAGUCUGUCCCGUCGGCUACAAGUGGAUCAGGCAGGAGGGAGGAUAUCGCUGCGCGGGCGGCUCGCAUUGGAUGUCGGAUGGCGACUUGAAGGGGAUGAAGUGA